AUGUCUUCAUCCAAGCUUCGCGUUCUUCUUACAAACGAUGACGGUCCUCCUGGACCCGACUCUCCAUAUAUAUACGGUCUAUACAAACAUCUGACCCAAGAUCUCGGGUGGAAGGUCAAAGUAGUGGUGCCCAGCUCGCAGAAGUCGUGGAUAGGCUCCGCAUACCAGAUUCAGGACGUCAUCCACAGCCGAUAUUAUUACCCUCGCGAUCCAGAUGGAAUGGGCGACACUCCAGCGACGUGUGCGAACAUCGGUUUGCACAACUUGUAUCAUGGGGAUAUAGAUCUUGUGUUGUCCGGCCCCAAUCUAGGCGCGAACGUUUCCUCUGCCUUCUCUCUUUGCUCCGGCACAAUUGGCGCCGCCCUAUCUUCCUCACUUUCGAAAACCCGAGCCGUCGCCCUUUCGUAUGGAAGUGUUCAACGUCCAGCACCUUCAAGUCUCUUACCAUCCGCCAACGCCCUCUCUGGACGCAUCGUCCAGCACCUUUGGUCCCAUUGGGGAUCUGACGAUGGCGGAAUCCGUAGCAACGAAAUCGACCUUUACUGCGUGAAUGUCCCCGUUAUCGAGGAAAUCUUGAGCGAGGAAGGAUUACCGAUCGCGUGGACUAGGACAUGGAAGAGCUCGUAUACCAGUUUGUUCAAGGCUUAUAGCUCGGACGAAGAUUCAGCCGCAGUGGAUCAUUUCACCUCAGUUGCAGGACCCGAUGGGAUGAGCCUCGCCUCGGACUCUGAUUCAACUCAUACGACUGCGACCAACAGGAUCCUUCGGUCGGAAGAAAAGAAAGAAUUGAUAUUCAAGUUCUCGCCGGAGAAGGACGAGUUCAUUGACCCCAAGGCACCGGAGGUAGAGGAAGGGACCGAUGUGUGGGCAAUUGGGAAGGGGUAUGUGUCCGUGACGCCGUUGAGAGCGAAUUUUGCAGAACCACCUGCAGAAGAGAUAUUUGGUGGUGGUGGUGGUGGGAUUGAAGGCCAGAUGUGGAUAAUGGACAGGAAUGGGCCAUUGAGCGUUCGCAUUACGACACAAUGUAAGCCUCUAGAUUGA